AUGCAGGCCUUCCGCCGUAACACCCUUUCGGCCGUCCGAAAUGUCGCUGGCCAGCAGCGCCGGACCUACCUUAAGGCCACCUCUGCCUACGCCGAGACCGUGAACAACCUGCGGAUCAACAAGGAUACCAAGGUUCUGUUCCAGGGCUUCACUGGAAAGCAGGGAACUUUCCACGCCGAGCAGGCCAUCGCCUACGGCACCAACGUCGUCGGUGGUACCAACCCCAAGAAGGCCGGCACUACUCACCUCGACCUCCCCGUUUUCGCCAACGUCGCCGAUGCCGUGAAGGAAACCGGUGCUACUGCCUCUGCCAUCUUCGUCCCCCCCCCUCUCGCUGCCGCCGGUAUUGAGGAGGCCAUCUCCGCUGAGGUUCCCCUUGUUGUUUGCAUUACCGAGGGUAUUCCCCAGCAUGACAUGGUUCGCAUCACCGACAUCCUCAAGACCCAGAACAAGACCCGUCUCGUUGGCCCCAACUGCCCCGGUAUCAUUGCUCCCGGUCAAUGCAAGAUCGGCAUCAUGCCCGGCUUCAUCCACAAGCGCGGUCGUGUCGGUAUCGUCUCCCGUUCCGGUACUCUGACCUACGAGGCCGUCAACCAGACCACCCAGGCUGGUCUCGGUCAGUCCCUUGUCGUCGGUAUUGGCGGUGACCCCUUCUCCGGCACCAACUUCAUCGACUGCCUGAAGAUCUUCCUCGAGGACCCCGAGACCGACCGUAUCAUUAUGAUCGGUGAGAUUGGUGGUUCCGCCGAGGAAGAGGCCGCCGAGUACUUCAAGGCCAACAACAUCCACAACAAGCCCGCCGUCUCCUUCAUUGCUGGUAUCAGUGCUCCCCCCGGCCGCCGUAUGGGCCACGCCGGUGCCAUCGUCAGCGGUGGUAAGGGUGGUGCCGACUCCAAGAUCUCCGCCCUUCAGGAUGCCGGUGUCAUUGUCGAGCGCAGCCCCGCCUCGCUCGGCAAGACCCUGCUCGCUGAGUUCGUCAAGCGUGACCUUGUUUAA